CGUUUCUCUUCCUCUUCGCCAUCGUCACCCUUCUUGACUCUGAGGCGCAGCUCACCGGUCCUCAGUUCCGACGCCGGCGAGAUCCGACGGGAGGACGACGGCCAUCUCCGUCCGACGCUUCCGAAGGGAAGGGAGGAAAGGAGAAGGCGAUUGAUCGAAGGCGAAGCGGACCCUGCUCGCGGACCCCGUAGAAGAAGCAUGGUGAAAGCGGUGGUCGGAGAAGAAGCCCAGCUGAAAUCGACGGAGGACCGCCUGUCCAGUUCGUCGAUUCCCGCUCAGGUGGGUCUUGUGAUCGGCAAGCUCAGCUCGAGCCUGGACAGAGGCUUCGUCUUCAGUUUGAUCCCGACGCCGCCGAACGACGAGGGACGGCCUGCUUGUUCCCUCGUCGAGCCGGUCAAAGACGACAAGAGGAAGGGGGCGAAGCAAUCCAAGUCUCAGGGAUCUUCGGAUUCGUCGUCGGUGGCGAUAGACAAAGAUUGGGUCGCUGAGCAUGCGCGUCAGGUGUCCAAAAUGCUUGUGGGUGGCAUAAGGGUGAUCGGCAUCUACGUAUGGGCCAGUGAGAGUGCGCUCAAGAAUUCGACCAUAGAACUUUGCCAGACCAUAAAGGGAGUCGCCGGGGCAGCACCACCCUCCUCAGGGACUGAUACUGAGGAAAGACUGCUCAUACAUAUUUCUUAUAGUCCAAGGAGGUGGACAUGCCGAAAUUGUGUACUGGCAUCAAACAUCACGUCUAGCAGCCUUAAGCCUUGUGAUUUCAAAAUGGGAAAAGUCUUAACUUCUCUUCAGAAAUUUAGGUGUACUUACAACUUCAAUAUGAGAUUGCUGGUGAGCCGUGAGAGUGCAUCAGAUGCCCGGAAGCUUGGUCAUGUACUUCGUAGUGGAAUUUCAGUCAUUGCUAAAGAGCUAAGAAGUGCAAGGGCCAUAGUUGAUGGAAACCUGGUCACUAAUGAUGAACCGUGCACGUCAGAGGGUUUUCAUGAUGUCGAAUUACUUCUGCCUUUUAUGAAUGAUAAAUGUUUAGAAGCGAGCAGCUUAGAAAAUGUUGUUGGCAUACUUCUCUUCAGUGGUUCAGUAUGUUCAUUUGCUUUCCUGAGUUCAAAGGAAUCAAUUUUGCAAGCUAUUGCUGAUAUCAAGGCAGAUAUUAUCACAAGUCUGCAAAGUAGACUAGACAUUAUCCUUGAUGAGGCGGACGCAGAUCUAAGUCCGUCGGACAACAGUUGCAGGGAAUCUAGCCCAGAUAUACAAAUGGAAAAUCUUAUUUCGCAAGUUGACCUCCAGUCAUUGAGGAAACCAAGCGGUCUUUCAUUUCCCCGAAGAGUAUUUGCGCCUUGGUUGGCUGGAACGUUAAUUUGUGACUAUUUACAACCAUCAGAGACGCUCGAGGUUCUUAAGGAUCAUUGUGCUGAGUUGAUGUCUAUGGAAGUUCUCACAGAUUCCUCCAACAUACUAGAACCGGAAGGAGAAGCCCCUGCAGUCGUCGCUAAGUGUUUUUGGGACGUAGUAUCACCAUUGCAUUUGGAUUCUAAAUCUCUCUCAGAAAAGCCUGGCGCUGACGCAAAGAGCGAGGAAAGUAGCCAGAAAUCUAACAAGCAAUCCAGUUUUAGCGCCGUGGCAGCUAUUCUCGUGCUUCUCCUCUCUGUUCUACUGGGGUUUUUGUUCCUUUCAGCGAGAGCAUCUUGAAAUUUUUUUUUAGCAAGAGCAUCUUCAAGUACGUGUUCACUGGAAGUUUUACAGGUUUUCUAGUUUCUCUUACAUUGAGAUUAUCUUUACUCUAUCUAUAGUUUUUUAGGAUCUGUGAAUGAGUCAUUGCAAGGGAGAGUGGUGUGCUAUUGGGUAUUAUAUGCUUAUCCAAAUUAGUGGUUGGCUGAGGAGGAGCAGUCAAUCAAGGUUCAAUCUCUACACAAACUUGAUUCAAAGUGGGUCGACAGCAUAGCAUUGCAUCACUUCACUCGGCUGCUAUACACCCUCUCUCUAUAGGUUGAUCAAUUACAGCUUCUUGAAAAGCACUAUUGUUAUGUUC